AUGGCAACUGUUGCUGGUCAUAUUUGUCAAAAUCUAGAUGAUAUCCCUUUAUUUGACAACAGAUCGUGCAUAUCUCCCUUGAUGUACACUAUUCUAUUCUUAACAACGAUUAUCUUAGCUGGCAUUACCUUUCUUCUAUUGAUUGCUUUAUCGUUAUUUAUCUAUAUUCGACGUGCGACAAUAUUGAAUUCUAACUCUUUUCAAGACGACCAAUCCAGUUUGACAGAUGAAAGUGAUGACGACGACGACGACGACGACGAUACUAAACUACUUCUUCCUAAAACGACAAAAACGAAGAAGAUAUCAAAUGUUCUCAGAACUGUUGUUGAUGAUGUUUCUCGAUAUGAUUCCAGUCAAACGUAUGACAAUCAUAAUUUUAUUAUUCCUGAAGACUACGCACCGGUAGUCAGACGUUCCAACAAUCUACUUCCUCUACCUGACUUACCCACUGGACGACAAUCACAAACAUCAUCGAACUUUGAUGAACUAUCAAUCCAUCUCGCUUCCGAUACGCAGAGAUCCAGCACACCGUUAAAAUUCUAA